CUCAUACUAAAGCGAUGUAAGCCAAGAAACAUGCGUAUGAUUUCUACCCUUUGCGCGAUUUCAAAGGUACAUAGUUAUGCUAGCAUGUGAUUUUACCUAAUAUACACAUAAUGAGGAUGUAUUAUAGCUUGUCCUGUGCCAACUUGGAGCGAUAAAGCUUGCAAAUAUGUCGAAGAACAUUUUUGUCUACCCAUGCAAUAGCUAUGUGGGAAGAGCAGUUGCAAAGGCCUUCGGGGCCGCGGGUCACUCAGUAACAGGUCUUGCAGUGGGCUCUAGCGACGUCCCGGAGUGCGUGGAGACAUACUAUGAAGUGGGCGACAGCGGUGCCGCCUCCGCGCACAAGCAGCUGCUGCUGACCGCCGAUGUGGUGGUGUACGACCUGCUGGGAAACGAACAGGCCACCCGGGAUGCUGUCGUACAGCUGGCGCAGCAGCCGUACGGCGGGCGGGAGGUGCUGUUCGUGGCGGUGUCAAGCCCGCUGGUGUGGGCAGCCACCCGACCCAACCCAGUGGCGUCGCUAGGCGAGUGGGGCGCACCGGACGCCGCUGCCGCCGCCGCUGCCGACACCGUGGACGGCCUGGACGACUCGGCAGCAGCACCAGCAGCGACUGACGCGGGUGGCGGCGCCGCUGCUGGCGGUGGCGCCGGUGGGGAGGAGGACGCCUCCUGGCUGGCCCGAGGGACGGUCCCCGGUCGCAGCGGCGGCGGGGCCGGCGGCGGCGGCGGCUCAGGCACGGGAUCCGCAGACGGUGGCGGCAGCAGCCUCCUGGGCCUGCAGGGUGAGCGACCCAACUCCUCUGCCACCGGCGGCAGUGAGGGCGGCAGGCUGCUGUCGCCGCCCUACGUGGCGCCUACCUUCAGCGCGCCGGAGGACGUGACGCGGCGGACGCCUGCGGUGGCGGCUCGUGCGGCGCUGGCGGUGGAGCAGGUGGUGCUGCGGGCGGGUCGGCGGGGGCGGCUGCGUACGGCGGUGGUGUGUCCGGGGCUGCUGUACGGCGAGGGGGAGGACGACCUGACGUUCUUUGGAGCGUUCAAGACCGCUUGGACCCUCCAGUGCCGACCCGCCCCCGGGCCCGCCGCGCUCUCAGCAGCCUCCGCAGCCGCCCUUCCCGCCGCUGCGCCAGCCCCCGGCACCCCCGGUCUCACGCCCGGCACCCCCGGCGCCUCCGCCACCCCACCACCCGCAACUCCGCCACCCGCCGUCCCCACCACGCCCCUCUCCCAAGCCCCUCCCACACCACCAGCACCCUCGCCCGUCCCCGGCUCCACCCCCUCUGCAUCCCAACAACGCGAUCCGUCUGCAGCAGCCCAGCAAACACCAACCUCUUCCGCUGUUGCCACGCCCGGCGCCGCCGCAGCAGGUGCAGGCGCAGUAUCCACCCCGGGCCAGCCGGCGCCAGCCACUCCCUUAGCCGCCACCGGACCCCGACCCGCCUCCUCCUCCUCCUCCAACCCCUCCAGGCCUAAAAUCUUUGUGUACGGCAGGGGUACGAACAUCCUACCCACGCUGCACGUGGCUGACCUGGCUGCCUACGUCAUCGCGCUGUCGGGCCUCGCACCCAGCGCUGCAACCGGGGCUGGGGGUGGUGCCGGUGCGGGUGCGGGUAGCAGCAGUACGGCGCCGGCGUCAGCAGCCACCACACGCCCUGUUACCCCAGCUGUCGCAGCAGCUGCUGCCACAGCAGCGGCGGCGCCUGCAGUGCCGCCCCCCGCACCGCAGCCCUCCUCCUCGGCGCCUUCUACAGCAGGUGGUGCCGCAGCUGCAGCAGCACUGGCGGCAGCAGCGGCAGCAGCUACCGCAGCAGCUGCGGCCGCAGCAGCAGCAGCUCCGCCGCCUCCGCCAGUGGUGCUGCUGCCCCCCAGCGGCGGCUACUUCCUGGUGACGGACGGCAGCCGCGUGAGUCAGCUGGAGCUGGCAAACACCAUCGCGGCGGCGCUGGGGCUGGGGCCGGGGGAGGACGUUAUCGAGUUCGUCCCGGAGACCGAGCUGCACCGCCACCCCGCCCCCCUGCGCACCCGCAUGCUGCUCGACCUCAGCCUCGCCACCACCCCCCUGCCUCCGCCCCUGCCGUCCUUCACCCUCUCCCGCCCCGGCGGCCUCACGAUGCAAGCGGCAGCCGUGGCGACCGAGUUCACCACCGCGCGCCGUCUGACACCGCUCCGCCUCCUCGUCACGGGUCCCCCCCUUAGCGGCAAAACCCACCUCGCACGGCGCCUGGCGCAGCAGUACGGGCUGGUGUACCUCAACACGCCGCUGCUGCUGGCGGCGGCGGCUGAUCCCGCCCUGGCCGCGGCGGUUGGGCUGAGCCCCGUCACCGAUACGGCACUAAUCCGUACGGCAAUGACGGAGGUAGCGACGCCCGUCACGGGCACGGGCGGUGCUGCGGGCGGUAGGGCGGAGAGGGAGCGUGAGCGGGAACGGGAUCGAGAUGGCGGCAACACGGGAUGGGCGGGGAACGGCAGGGUUUCGGCGAAGACGCUGGGGGCGCUGCUGGCAGCAGCGAUGGCGGAUCCCAGGGCCGCCGCGCGCUGCCGCGGGUUCGUGCUGGAUGGCUUCCCGCGCAGUGCGGCGCAAGCCAAGGCGGCAUUUUACGUGCUGGAGCGGGACGAGGCGGCCAUUGCGGCGGCGGAAGCGGCGGCGGCGGCGGCCGCACAGCAAGUACAUCCCAAGACCCGCGGCGGCGCCUCCCGCGGACAACAAGCCGCUCCCGCCACCCCCAGCAACCCCUGCGGCGUGGCUGACACCUUCGAGGUGCCGGUGGGCAUGCGGCUGGUGCCCAACCCGCUCACCGCGCCCACCCAUGUGUUGGAGCUGGAUGUGGGGGAGGAGCAGCUGCGGGCGCGGAUGGCGGCCAUUGCGGCGGCAGCGGAUGAGGUGGCGUCGCGGCUGACGGGUGAGCCCAGCACCCUGUCUGAGCCCAGCGGCACAUUUGAGAAGAAGCCCGCCGCCGCGGGACCCAAGCGCGGCCCCGGGGGCAAAGCUCCCGUCAGCAACGCCAAGGACCUGGCUGUGGCUGCAGCGCUGGGCCACAACAACGAAGCGGGCUUCACGCGGCGCAUGACGGCCUUCCAAACCUGGCGCAAUGAAGAUGCGGCGGACCUGCGCGCGCGUACGGCAGCAGCACAGGCCGCAUGGGACGCGGAGCAGGCUCGGUUGGCGGCGGAGGCGGCGAGGGCGGCUGCGGAGGCGAGCACGCUUAAAGCAAAGAGGCGACGGGCUCGAGAGGAAGCAGCAGCGGCUGCUGCUGCGGCAGCGGCGGCGGGAACGGCGGUGGGAGAGGGAGGAGGUACGGCAGCUGGUACGGCUACCGUUAUCGCUACGGGUGAUGAGGGCGCUGUGCAGGAGGGCACGGUUUCGGAGCUCAACGGAGGGGCUGCUGCCGAGGCGGUGGAAGUUCCGAAACCACCGUUACCUCAGUACGGCGGGUUGGUCGCGCUUUGCCUGGAUACUGGAGCCAGUCACGUGAAGAUCCCCAACCCGACUGUUGAAGAUGGGCCGCUGAUAACCGUCAACGUACAACCGCCGCCGUCGGCUUUUCAGCCUGCUGCCCCGGCGACGACGGCGGGUGCAAGUGCCGCCGCCGCGGCAGCGGCGGCAGCGACGCCUGCCGUACCGCCUCCAGGCUCCGUCGCCGCCGCCGUACGUGAAGCAGCAACAACUGCACCUCCCGCCCCGCCGCCGCUACCAUCCCUGGAGUGGCAAGUGGAGGUGUUUCUCGGCGGGCCGCACAACUUUGACGGCUUUCCGCCUCCCGUGCAACGCCUAUCGCAAACCGGCGCUGCCCUUGAGGCGGCGGCGGAGGCAGCGCGGGCGGAAGCCCAGGCGCAGCGCGACAGUGAGGCCGCCGCCGCCGCUGAACUCGCGGCAGCACAGGCGGUUACCGACGGCGCCGAGGCGUCGUACAACUACCGCCUCCGCAGCGGUCGCGGCGAGGCGGUACGGCGCUACCUGCUACAGCGGGUCAUGCCUGUCAUAACCGCUGCCCUGGCGGAUGCAUCGCUAGAGCGGGCGAUGUCGGAGGGAGUUCCGGAACGCACGGGCGGCGGUGACGGCCUGGGGAGUGUUGGGAGCGGCAAGGAGGUGUUGUUGCGAGUGGCUCGUGCGCUGCAGGCGGCUGCUGAGGAGGAAGAAGUGAGCGGGUUUUUGGAUCCGUAUUUGGAUCCAUCGUACGGCAUCCAGCUUGCCAAGAUUGAGGCUAAGGCGGCGCGCGAGGCGGCACGGGCAGCGGCUGCUGCUGCCAAGGCUGAAAGGGAGGCAGCCGCGCGUCAUCAGCCCGCGGAGGAGCCCGCAGCCUGAUGAGCAACAACAACUCAACAAGGGGAGCCGCUCAGGGGUAGCAGGGGUCGCAGUGUGGCGCCACUAGCAAACUACUACUACCCGGCUACGGUAGUGGGGCAAUGAGGGUUAAGGAGACUUGGUGGGCGAGCUUAGUGGGCCGAUGCGGUGAAGCGCAGCUGCUAACAUGUUCUCGGCUUCCAGGCACCCUAGCUAUCCUUGUAACUGAUACCGGUUGUG